AUUAUAUAUGGGCAUGUGAAAAUUCAAUGGAAUAACACAUAGCAAUUUUAGUAUACUGAAUACUGAUUAGGAGAGUUUGUGAGUGAGUAAUGCUAAGGGCGAAGGUUUUUGACGAAGGCAUAGCCGUAGCAACAUCAUCGGCAGCAUCAUCAUCAUCAUCAUCAUCAUCAUCAUCGUCACGACAAAUAUUGACAGAACUCAUCAACCUCACAAACCUUAAAGACCUACGCAAAGGUCGAAAACUCCACGCUCACAUCCUCAAAAACGGUUCAUUCAUCUCCUCCACAUACCUCGCCAACACCCUCCUCAACUUCUACGCCAAGUGCGCUUCCCUCUCCGACGCCAACCUCCUCUUCCAAACCAUCGUCGGCCACCGCAUAGACGACGUCGUCUCAUGGAACUCCCUCAUCAACGCCUCACAACACCGCGCUCCUUCCUCCGCCAUCCACCUCUUUCAACGCAUGAUGCGCUCCCAUAACGCCCUCCCCAAUGCCCACACCUUCGCCGGCGUGUUCUCCGCCGCUUCUAGUCUCUCCGAUGUCGUUGCCGGCCGUCAGGCGCAUACCGUUGCAGUCAAAACCGCCUGCUCCGGUGAUGUGUUUGUUGGGAGCUCCAUGCUUAAUAUGUACUGCAAGACGGGUCUUGUCUCGGAAGCUCGCAAGCUGUUCGACAGAAUGCCGCAGAGGAAUACUGUUUCUUGGGCUACCAUGCUUUCUGGGUAUGCUUCUCUGGGGCUUGCUAAGGAGGCGAUCGAGCUCUUUGAACAAAUGCGUUGUGAAGAAGAGGAGGGUGAGAAUGAGUUCGUGCUCACCAGUAUUCUUAGUGCCUUGAAUAGAACUGAGUUUUUGGAUACUGGUAGACAAGUUCAUUCCCUUGCCAUGAAAAAUGGGUUGCUUUCUAUUGUUUCUGUUGCCAAUGCUCUUGUGACGUUGUAUGCGAAAUGUGGGAGCUUGGAUGAUGCGCUUAGGACUUUCGAAUUUUCGGGUAACAAGAAUUCGAUCACGUGGUCGGCCAUGGUUACUGGUUAUGCACAGAGUGGGGACUCGGAGAAAGCGUUGAGGCUGUUUCACAGUAUGCAUUGCUCUGGUGUGUUGCCUAGUGAGUUUACUCUUGUUGGGGUGAUCAAUGCUUGCAGCGACCUUUGUGCUAUUGUGGAAGGGAGACAGAUGCAUGGUUAUUCCUUGAAGUUGGGGUUUGGAUUGCAAUUGUAUGUUUUAUCAUCAUUGGUGGACAUGUAUGCAAAAUGUGGUAGCUUAGCGGAUGCUCGGAGGGGUUUUGAGUAUGUACAACAACCUGAUGUUGUUUUGUGGACUUCUAUCAUAACCGGGUAUGUACAGAAUGGGGAUUUUGAAGGUGCUCUAAAUCUGUACGGCAAAAUGCAGAUCGAGAGAAUUAUCCCCAAUGAGCUAACUAUGGCUAGUGUCCUUAAAGCUUGUUCCAGCCUAGCUGCUUUAGAUCAGGGAAAGCAAAUGCACGCCGGGAUUGUUAAGUACGGUUUCAACUUAGAAGUUCCCGUUGGAAGUGCACUUUCUGCUAUGUAUGCUAAAUGUGGAAGUUUGGAUGACGGUUAUCUUAUUUUUUGGAGGAUGCCUACCAGGGAUGUAAUUUCCUGGAAUGCAAUGAUAUCUGGUCUUUCUCAGAAUGGUCAUGGUAACAAAGCCUUGGAACUGUUUGACAAGAUGUUGUUGGAGGGAACAAAGCCUGAUACUGUCACAUUCGUGAAUCUUCUCUCCGCUUGUAGUCAUAUGGGACUGGUAGACAGAGGCUGGGAUUAUUUCAAGAUGAUGUCUGAUGAGUUUGACAUUACUCCAACAGUAGAGCAUUAUGCUUGCAUGGUUGAUAUCCUGAGCCGUGCCGGUAAGCUCAAUGAAGCUAAAGAGUUCAUUGAAUCAGCAGAAGUUGAUCAUGGUCUAUGUUUGUGGCGCAUAUUAUUAGGGGGCUGUAGGAACCAUCACAAUUAUGAUAUUGGUGCUUAUGCUGGUGAGAAACUAAUGGAGUUAGGCUCACCAGAAUCAUCUGCUUAUGUAUUGUUAUCAAGUAUAUAUACAGCCUUAGGUCAGUGGGAAGACGUAGAGCGUGUAAGGAGAAUGAUGAAAGCUCGAGGGGUAGCUAAAGAACCUGGUUGUAGUUGGAUUGAGUUGAAGAGUUUGGUUCAUGUAUUUGUUGUUGGAGACAGUAUGCACCCACAAAUUGAUGAAAUACGGUCAGAACUAAGGUUGUUAACCAAAUUGAUGAAAGAUGAAGGAUACCAACCCCAUUUGGAUUCAUUGCCUGAAAGUGAAACUACAGGAGAUGAUUUGGGAGACCAAGAAGGCAGCCACGAGAUACAACUUAGAGUUUGUGGUGGCGUUUAGCAAUAAUGGGGAGACGAUCCACGCAUGCACAAUGAUGCCAUUUCCCCAGAGUGUUACACUAAGUGUAGCAGUGUUGCUAUCUUAUAUUUUUUUGCUGGCUAAUUAGCUAUGAGAGGAUUGCCACCCAUCAAGAAGGAAUGUUUCAAAAUCUAGCCAGCAGCCAAAAUAUUCAAGCUGUGAUGGACAUGUGCAUGCGAGUUCAUUAGUCAUGCUGUUUUUGGGUUUGAUACCGGCAUGAAUCAUGAUCAGUAUCCAAACAGUGGUCAGAAGUCAUUUAAUCCGCUUGUCCCAGUGAGAGGGAGUGGACAACCAGCUAACAAUUAUAUGUACUUGCUUGAAUUCCGAUUAGUAUUGCGUUUGACUCAUUUGCACUUCAGAGUUCAGACAACCUUGUGUGUUCGCAACAUCUUAGACUCCAAGGUGUUCUUUUGGGUUGCAGCCUCAAGAUGACAAGGGGUAGUUGCACCAUCAUAGACCAUAACAUCAUAAGACGUAAGACACAGGGAAAACUUCUGGAAGUCAAUGAUUCAAUGGCAUGGACAGAGUUCCAGAAGUACACAUGAAUUGGUUAGACAAAGCUAAAAUUGGGUUCCUUGACUUUCAAAUUGCUAGGUUUAAAUAUCAAGUUACUGAAUGAAGGAAAUAUUCAUUUUGCGAAAGUCUACUACAUUGUUUGAAUCCAUGGAUCAUUAUUUUAUUUAUUUUCAAUAUUCACUUGCUGUCU